AUGUCAGACUACAUACCCUAUGAACUAACAAUUGAAAUUCUGGCAAGACUACCCGUAGUUUCUCUACUUCGAUUCAAAAGUGCAUGCAAAUCGUGGUAUUCUCUUAUCGUAAGCCCUAGUUUCGUCACCAAGCACCUCAACCACCGAAAAUACAUGCACUUCAUUGGGCUUUACAACAGAGAUGAUCAGAAAGAGCGCUAUUUUAUUUUUCGGGACGACGAACAAUGUGGUCACAAGUGUUCAGAACUAGAGUUCCCGUAUAAAGUCCCAUCUUUGUACUAUUCCAUGAUAGUGGGUAGCUGCAAUGGUUUAUUAUGUAUGUGGGAGGAUUCUUCCUGGGAAGAAUCUGCUAUUAUCGUUUGGAACCCAUCAAUGAGGAAAUUAGUAACUCUUCCUGAGCCUCCAUCCUCGGGAAUUUGUGCUCUUGGAUUUGGUGCCCACCCCGCAACUCAUGAGUACAAGGUGGUAAGAAUUGUGUGUCAAUCGUAUCCAUAUCAGCACGAAUUUCAACCGCAUGUUGAGCUUUACACUCAGGGCACGGGAUCCUGGAGAGGGUUAGGUUCGACUUUUCCUCUCUACUGUUUCAUCCCAUAUAAGGCGUCGCAAGCUUUUGUUAGUGGAGCUGUAAAUUGGAUUGCUGAGGAUCCACGAGUGUCUGUUGGUUAUCAACAUUUGAUAGUGUCAUUCGAUAUGAGUACAGAAACAUUCUCCACGAUGAUGCUACCACCUGCUCUGGCCGAUCGGGAAACAAGAUUCUUAUCAGUUACAUUGUUUCGGGAAUCAUUGGCUAUGUUAUGUGGCCAGCAAAGGGACAAGGGUGACUGCAGCAUUUGGUUGAUGAAAGAGUACGGAGUCCCAAUAUCUUGGACCAAACUAUUCAGCUUUAAAUUGAAUCAGCCCGUAUAUCCCAAAAGAACCUUGUGGUUUAUGAAACAAAAUGAGGUUCUUGUAUCGACGAUAGACAAGCGAUUGCUUUCUUAUGACAUUGGAACCAAAGCGUCGGUAGAUACCGGAAUCAGGGGGCUUCCAAGCUCAUUUCAUGUUAUGAACCAUAAUGAGGUUCUUUUAUCGACGAUAGACAAGCGAUUGCUUUCUUAUGACAUUGGAACCAAAGCAUCGGUAGAUACCAGAAUGUGGGGGUUUCCAAGCUCAUUUCAUGUUCAACCUUUCGUCGAAUCCCUUGUUGUCGUGGAAAAUAAAAAUGGUGUUGUGGACUGGCAGUUGAACCCGUUGUGAUGCUCGGCUUGGAACUUCCAAGAGAGGAGGGGAUGGUGUCAAAGAGUAGCACCUAUAAAGAAUGAGAGUGAACUCAAACCAGGGUUUAAGAACAUUAUCUCUUUUUUUGAAGCAGUAUAGGAGUAUAUCUCCCCUUUUUAAAAAGUAUCUAUGCUAUAUAUUUGGGUUUUAAUUGCAUCUAUGUAUGAAACUUGAAUCUCAACAUUGCCAUCCCGUUUUAGCGUUGUUCUGAAACGGUACUGAGGGGGAGGUCAGGUGACUUUUGUGCAUUUUUACCCAUCAAUGCAUUAUAUUUGACUGUCAAAUUUUUCACAUCUUAAGUCAUUGUUUUAGCUAGCUAAUCUGGAAAUGGGAAUAAGUGACCUUCUUCCAGCACCCUAAAUGGUUGACCACCAUCUUUAUGUACAUCAACUCUUGAACACUGACCCAUAUCUCUGAGUCGGAGAGCCUUGGAAGAUAAUAAGAAGCUAUCAGCUAUGUCCAUUA